AUGGACGCCGUCGCCGGUGACUCGCUGGAGUCGUAUCUCUCCCGCUACCGGCUGCGGCUGCUGAUGGACGAGUGGCUCGACGUCGUGGCGCAGCGGCAGCCGGAGGACCCCUUCUCGUACCUCGUCGGACUCAUCAACGGCUACAACCGGGACGGCUGCGGGCUCGUCACGUGUGAAAACAAGUGGUGCGAGAUGGUGAUUCCCGCCUCCGAGUACGCGGCCCACCUGGCGACCUGCUCCGAGGUGGGGAAGUGGGUGAAGUGCACGCGAUGUAACGUGCGUGUGGAGGCCUCCCGCAUGCGACAGCACAAACGCAACUGCAAGCUGGAGAGCUGCGCCUACUGCGGGGAAAUGGUGGUUCCACGCCUGCGGGACAUGUGCCCGUGCAAGCUGAAGGCGGAUGCGGAGCGCGCCUGCAGGAAACAGGCGGGUGUCGCGCGGAGGCGCGACAGUAUGGCGUCGCCGCCGCCUUCCCCCCCCGUGCCGUCGUCUGCAGGCGCCCCACCGUAUCUGAGGCGACCGUUGUCUUUUCCUUCGCACUUGAAGGACCGUCUCAUUAGCAUUCAGAACAGCUGGCGGAGGACCUUUCUGCAGGAGCGCUUUAAGGACCUCUGCUUCAAGUUUGUGUGGCAGGCGUUGGAGUUGUACCGCGAGAAGCAGGCGACAAAGGAGUACAUCGCCAUUCCGCGGGACACUUCAACCACGACGUCGGCGCAGCAUUUCCUUAACUACGCGGCCCUUAUGAGGGGCUGCAUCUCCGUCUCACGGUUUGAGGCGUUGGCCAAGACAAUCACGUCCGGGGCGGUGGUGGAGUUUGCAACGGCGGAGCGAAUUAUAUCCAUGGCCAUCGGCAUCCUCGCCGCCCGCCCGCUUGUGCAGCGUGUGACGAUUCCCGAGGGGGGUGACGUGGUGGUGAUUGGCGACCUGCACGGGCAGAUGAAAGACCUCCGCGAGGCGAUUGUCCUCACCGGCGGACUGCCGAACCCGCAUCGCUACUUGGUCUUUAAUGGCGACUUUGUGGAUCGUGGCUCGAAUGGCAUGGGGGUGCUACUGUACGUUUUUACGCUUCUCUGCGCCUUUCCGUCGUUUGUGUUUAUUAACCGCGGGAACCACGAGGACACCCGCGUCAACGCGGAGUACGGCUUUGAGACGGAGGUGUACGGCAAGUACGGCAUGGAGCACGCGAAGCGGCUGCUGGAGGUCAUCGUCGACAGCUACCAGUCGAUGCCGCUGAUGACCGUCCUCGACGGGAUGAUCCUCGUCGCCCACGGCGGGGUGCCACGCCUCCCGGUGACGCUGGAGCGCAUCGAGUCGCUGGGUCGCAUGCGAGACAUUCCCACGGCAGGGACAAUCACCGACGAGGAGCAGAUCAUCGUGGAUAUCCUCUGGAACGACCCGGUGGAAAAGUUCCACUCGCGGCAGUUGGGUCUGCGACACCGGGCCCAGCACUGGCGCACCAGCAAGCGUGGAUGCGGGGUGGAGUACCUUGCCCCCAUCACGGAGGAGUUUCUUCGGCUGAAUAAUCUUCGGCUUGUGGUUCGUUCCCACGAGGAGGUGCAGGCCGGGUUUGAGCUCGUGCAUAACGGCCAGUGCUGUACGGUGUUCAGUGCGUCGAACUACUGCGGCGUCUCAGGCAACCGGGCAGCGCUCGCGGUGUUUCCAAAGGGGUCAUUGCACCCUGUCUUCCACACGUGGUACGUGCGCAACGACGAGGUCGAGAUCGACGCGGCGACGACGAGGGAGCUUCUGCACGAAAUCAUGGCGGCUGACGGUGGUAAGGGGGAGAGCGACGGUGACGAGGAGGACGUGGGAGGCGGGGAGACGGCGGGCAAAUUCAGCGCGGCCGAAAAGACUGCCAACGACGCCGCAGGCGGAGGUGAAGUCACCCACGCGGCAGGGGGCGCCGCGGAGACGGAGGCGGAAGCCGGGGCCGGAGCCGAUGCGACGGCGACGUACUCCUCAUCGGUGAAGGGAAAAUUGAUGUCUCGCCUGAAUGUGCUUAUGCAGCUCGCCGAAAUCAUCUUCCGGAAGCGGUACACCCUCUUGUCUGGGUUCGUUGGCGCUGACUAUGAAAAAACGGGGAUCAUCUACAAGAUCGAGUGGUGCGAGGUGAUGCGCAGCGUCCUGGAGAUCGAUCUUCCCUGGUACUACCUCUGCAAGUUUGUGGCGCCGCAGGAGGAGCUGGAGGAGGUGCCGUGUGUGCGGUACGUCUCCUUCCUGCGAAGGUUCGAGGCCCGUUUUUCGUCACAGUACUUGCUGCCGUUUCAGGUGGCGAUUGUGCGGCGCGUCUUUGGCGAAAUGGACUUGCCGGAUGACCUGCUUGGCCGCCUCAACGGCGCCGACGCCUCGGAGGCGACGACGGCGUCGUCGCUCUCGCACGGCCAGUGCCAGCCGGUGGCGGCGGCGGGCAGCAAAGCCGGCCUGUUCCCGCCCGAGGCGGUGCGGGGGAUGUCGCGGAGCAAGUCGUCAACGCUGCGCAGCCAGGACUCGGACGUGGCGCACUCGCUGCGUCGCUCCAACGCCGUCGAGCCGUGGCGCCUGCUGAAGGUGGACUUCAACGUUUUCGCCUCCGUCCUGCGCUCCCUCUCGCACGUGGCGGCCACGCUGGAGGACGACGCCAUGUACGCGCUGUUUCAGUACCUCGACUCGGAGGAGUGCGGGCACGUGGUGCUGGGCGGCCUCGUGGACCUCGUCGAGGCGACGCUCGAUGACGGGGAGGAGAUUGUGCUGCUCGGCACGAGUGUCAUGCUCGACGCGGACUUUGGGAUUCUGGUGCGGGAUAACGAGAAGAGUGCACCGCCGCCGACAAGGGGGAGCGAGGCCGCCAUGACAUCCUUCACCUCAUCAGCCGCGACCUCGCUGAAGGACAGCCGCGGCGAGCCGAGGCGGGAGACAGACCCCGCCGCCCCAGCUGACGCGGGGCAGGAGAAGCAGACCGAGGCAAAGCCGGAGGGAAAGCUGCUUCUUUCCUCACUCGUGCUGUCCUGUACGCCGGGAAACGCCGACACGGCGGCGAUCAACUUUGGCCAGGAGCUGAGCUCGGCUGUGAAACGACCUUCGCGGACCAGCGUGGACGAGAACGUCGCCGAUGCACUUUGGCUCUAUCCCGCGUUGCUGCGCCUGCAUGAGGGGUUUAACUACGGCUUACUGACCUCCUUGCAGCAAAACUUUCGGAACCUUAACCGCACCAAGGAUGGUAAGCUUACCUUUGAUCAACUGAAUGUUGCACUGCAACUCAUGGGACGACACAUGCGCGAGCCACUCACCAAUGAGCAGGCAAAGCGGAUUUUUAACGCCAUACGCACAGGCGGGAAGCGCUUGACGGGGCUGCAUCCGCAGGAUGCCUUCGCGGCCACCCGCUCCGAGAUGUAUAGUUCGGCGUCCGUGACAGCAGCCAUUGAGGAGCCGACGACAGUGCAGGACAGCAGUGAAGCCCCCGAUGUAUUGUAUAUCACGAUGAAUGAGUUUGUGAAGUUCUUUUCAAUCACUUCCAUGGGAGGCAGUGGGCUGCGGCGGCGCAGCGUCGACGCGGACAGCCUCAAGACGACGACCACGCGGGGGGGUGAAACUUGGGCAGGCUUCAGCGCCACACGCAGAAGGAAUAGUAACUUGGAGACCUUCCUCGAAGAGCUGCGCACAUGGCCCCACGCAGAGGUGUUGGAUGAGCUGACGGUGGGGUCGUUUAGUUCCCGCUUUGGCAGCGGCAAAACGUUGCUGCGGGCGCUUCAGGAGCUGAUGCGCGCCUCGGCGGCGUCGGCAAGGCUGGCGGCGGGCGUGUCCCCCAACCGCGGCCCCUCCCUAUCCCACUCCGUAAAGCGUGGCACCGGCUUCAGCUGUCCGCCCGCCACCAGCCCCUCGAAACUGCCCGCGUCGAGCCGAUCCAAGUCGACGCAACAGUCCACAUUAAAGGAGCUGCAGCCGACGGAGGAGGCCGGCGGCCCCGAUGAUGGCAACUUGCCCAAAACUGUCGUUGGCGCCUUACCCCGCGCUGGGAACGCGACCGCAGCUCCCAGCAUGGCAACCGAACCUGCUCCUGCCUCAGCUCCUGGGUCUGCACCUGCCUCGGCCUCAGCUCAGGGGUCUGUACGUGCCUUAGCCUCUGCUUCUGCUUCUGCUCCGGCUCCUGGCUCUGCUUCGGGUGACAAGGCCCACCCUGUCGCCGGUGCGAAGGUGACGUGGAAGCGGCGAACCGAAGAGGUGCAUGCAGCUUCUAAGCCCAUCCCUUCCAAACCGUCCAAAGCCUCUGCGCCCACGGCGGGUAGUGCUAGUGGUGCGCAACCUCGCCGUGCCUUGCUCACGCAACCGCUACCGCAGAGACGCCUGUCCCGUAUGCGGCUUUCCUUUCAACAAAGUGGGGCGCCAAAGGCGCCGUUGGGGUUAGUACCGUCGCGCGAGGGAGGAGGAGCCAAUGCGCCGAGUAAGACUGGGAACGCGCCUGGGCUUCCAACCGUCCGUGGCACGUUGCCGAAGACGCCAACGCCGCCGCCGGCGCGUCCUGAACCCACCGAUGCAUCGGCGAGACGCAAAUGA